CAAUUUUUAAAUGCAGUAAUUGUAACGUUAAUUAUUGACUGAUUGUUUGUUUUGUGUGUUUAUAUAUAUGGGACUGAAAUGAUGGCAAAUGUUGUGACUAAGGAUACGAUGGAUGAGUUGAGACGUGAAAACGAUAGACUGUGUCGUGAAUUAAGAUAUUGUCAACAGAUUUGCGAAAUGUUUGACAAAUACAGACAACUGAUGAUCGGUUUUCAGACGAAUUGCGUUUGCAUUGAAAACAUACAAAAUAAGACACAUUUCAAUGAAUUAGAGGACCAAUACAUGUAUUUGAAGACACGCGGACAUCAGCUAAUCGGUGAUAGUAGUGGUGGUGGUGGUGGAGGUGGUGACCAUCAAUCGGUCAAACAUGAAUUGGCUAAAGCAAGAGGUGGUGGYGGCGGCGAUAAUAGUGGCUAUAAUUAUGGCUAUAUUUUUCACGGCAAUCAAUACGAGCCGCAGGUAAUUGUCAAUACUGUUGAGGGCGGCGUCGACUGUGCUGUCAAUGUCCACGAAGACAACAACAACAACGAUAAGAGUGAGUCGGAAUCGGCCAACAAAAACGGCGCCAAUCGUAACAACAGUCGCAAGAUGUCGGAAACAUCGGAGACGACUCCGAAAAUGAUAACAACAAGAAGUGGCCGAAUAUUGCCAGAGAAACGGCUGAAAUGUGAUUGGGAGGGAUGCGAGAAGGCGUUCCGCGAUAAGGACAACCUAUGGGCACACAUACGGGUCAAACAUACCAACGAGCGGCCGUUCAAAUGCGAUGAAUGCGACAAAACAUUUCCGGCUAAACGAAACCUACGACAACACCAGAACUACUGUCAUAACAGUCAGGACACCAAAACCUACCGGUGCCGGUACGACGGGUGCGACAAAAUAUUCAAAAAGUCCGAGUCGUUGAUCUAUCAUUUGCUUAAACACGACAACCUAUUGAAAAAGACGUUCAAAUGCAAUGAAGAAGAUUGCGAUAAAAGUUUUCAUUCGGCAUCGCUAUUGAGUAGACACAGACGUAUGAUACAUAUCAAUGGUGGCUCAGGCGGUGGUGGAGGUGAUCGCGGACGCGGACAGUUUCCGUGCGAAUGGCCCGGCUGUGACAAACGAUUCAGAGAUGAACCGCGGCUGAAACGCCAUCUGGAUAUGCAUGAAGGUAUCAGACAGUAUCGGUGCGAUGUCGAGGGCUGCGGCAAACGGUUUGGCGAUGCCUGGGCACUGCGCGUUCAUCGGGAAGUACAUCCGGGUGCUCGCGAAUAUCGAUGCGAUGUCGACGGAUGCGACAAACGUUUUCGCGACGAAAUGGGUUUGAAGAGACAUCAGGCCAUCCAUUCGAGUAAUCGCCGUUACAAAUGCGAUGUCAAAGGUUGCCAUAAGACGUACACCACGUGCAACGGUUUGCUUCAGCACAAGAACUCGCAUACCCGGCCCUAUGCGUGCGAUUGGCCGGCCUGUGGAGCUCGAUAUACUAGUAAGGGUCGGCUAAUGGACCACAUGAACGCUCAUCAGGGUAUCAAACCGCACACUUGCUAUUAUUCCGGUUGCGACGCCAGUUACGGUAGUCGGGCGUCGCUGCGUAUGCAUUGGAAACAACAUCACAAACUAAAUGAACUAAACUAACCAUUAAUUUCUAUUAUCUCUAUAAUAUCUAACUAACUAAGCUAGCUAUCUAUCUAUCUAUCUAUCUAUCUAUAUAACUAUAUCUUACAACAUAACUGUCCACAUAUGAUAUAUACAUAUAGGUGUAAAACUGAUGAUAGAUUUGAUAUU